GGCCGCGCGAGAGCGGGCGAAGUGCCGUUUUGGCUUCGCCGUUCUCACCUGGAAGUUUUGCCGCUCCCGCCCUUGCGCGGCCCGCGUAGAUUUCCUGUCGCCGAGUCGUCGGAAAGUCGGUUAGCCGCGUCCUCUCGCGCUUGCCAUGGCACGCAGCAGGAGCAGGCGGCCGCGGCAGCACGCCGCGACCGAUUCGAAUUUGAAACGCUUCUUCGAGAGAGGCUACCACUGGGGCGGCGCUUUUGAGCACCCCGACUAUUGCGUUGCGGAUGGCCACUGCUGGGAGCACCGCGGCACGGGCAUUCGGGUGUGGCGCGAUGCCAUCGACCUGUCUGGCGGGCGCGCCAGCGCCCGCGUUGUCUUCCACUACACGUCGCCCAUCGCUUUCGAUUGUAUCACGGCUCCUGAAAGGGAGGCCGAAGAAGUCUGGGCCUCGCUUGUUACGGAGGGCGAGGGCGCGAAUGCAUGGUGGGGCAAAGGAGUGUACACCGUGCCACUCGCGCCGCACCAGUGGGAUUCCGUGGCGGAGAUCCUGGACAACAACUUCCGAAAUAUGAUGGCCCGAGACGUGGUCAGCAAAGGUCGAGCGUUCGUGAACGAGGAGUACCCUCCCCGCGUGGCCUUCUGCGUCCCCAUCCUUGCCCUGCCCGACAGCCUUUACGACGUCUCCGUGAGGCCUACGCCCGAGAUGGAGGCGGCGGGCAAGCGCGCAGGGGAAAGUCUCGCCGGCAAGCUGCUGGACGAGCCAGGCAAGCCGCGCAGGUGCUGCGUGGUGCUGCGCGUGCAGGGUGUCCCAGAGGUGGAGGUGGAGGGCGCCCGCUCGCGCUUGGUGGUGGCUCUGCGCGCGCGCGCCGAAGCUGCCUCCGAGCGUUUCGGGGAGCACCACAGGGACGCCGUCGAUGCGGCGCAACGGCUGGGUAAUGUGCUCUUGGCGCAGGGCAGCGCGGUGCUCGAGCGUAGGGAGCGGAUGCUGGGGCCAGAGCACCCAGACACGUUGAUCGCCGUUAGCUGUCAGGCCUCGCUGCUGCGGGCCCGCGGUCGGCUACAAGAAACGGAGCCGCUGUACCGGCGGGUGCUGGAGGCCUCUGAGCGGACGCUGGGUCUGGAGCACCGGGACACGCUGACCUCUGUUGGCAAUUUGGCCUCGCUGCUGCAGGACCGCGGCCGGCUGAGGGAUGCCGAGACUUUGAACCGGCGGGCGCUGGAGGCCCGCGAGCGGACGCUGGGGCCAGACGGACGCUGGGGCCAGAGCACCCGCAGACGCUGAUCUGUGCUGGAAACCUGGCCUCGCUGCUGCAGGACCGCGGCCAGCCGAGGUCGUCAGGGACGCUGCGCCGGCGGGCCUCGGAGGCCCGCGAGCGGCCGCUGGGGCCGGAGCACCCGCGCACGCUGGCCUGCAACAGCGCCUUGGCCCGGCGGAGGGAGGCGGCCCAGCUGGCCAGGCGGGCCCUGCUGCGCCAACGAUCCCCUGCAUUGCGCCGGCGGGCCCUGCUGCGCCGGCGGGCCCUGCGGGGCAGGCGGCGCGGCCGAGCCCCAGCUGCAUUUUGCUGGUCGCGCCGCCCUUCCUCCUCCCUCCUGCCAGUCUCCUCCCUCGCUAUAGUCUUCUUCCUGCGACUCGCGCCCCUCCCC